AGGCUUGCUUCUUCCUGACCCAUGUUCAGAGCACGCAUAAUGAAUAAUCGCAUACGUUCACGGUUUUGAAAUUACCUGUUUGCAUAUUUGUGACAGUCCAUGUGGGCUGCUUUAGUUGGGAAGAAGGCGAACCUUUGCCAACAUUUAGCCGUUAACUUUUUCUUUUUUUUCCCUGGUGAACGGUUAAAGGAAAAAAGGAAAAUAAAUUAUCACCCUUGUUAAUAUUCGUGUUCUCAUGUUCAUGCACAAAAGCCACAUUAUUGAAAUAUCUGACUACGCGAGGCUGCCAUGAUGGAUGACAACUUCGUAAACGACAAGGAUGAACAGUUGUUAAAACUGCUGCUGAAAAAUAGACCAACGUUCAGCGAAGAAUUGAUUGACUACUACCUUUCGUACAGCGGAUGUAGCGUAACGGAAAAAUCCUGCCUCAGAUUCAUUUCACUCAUUUUGCAUAAAUCGAUAGACAAAGUAAUGGAAUGGAAAAUCGUGCAAACUAACCUAAUAGAUCAGUCGACGGUCCUGCUGCCCAGAGACGCGCCCCAUGGUAAUGACAACCAGAAGGAUAAAGAGAGCAGGGGGCAACUUAAGAAGGAGCUGAACUGUGAAAAACUCAUCGAAACUCUAAAAGAAUUUGAUCAAAACUAUCAAAGUGAAGAAAUAGUAAAGAAUUUCAAUCUACUUAAGUAAUAGGGAGAAAGAAAGCGAAGCAGAGUGUUGUUCAUUGUUUUUUUUUUUUUUUUGCCAACGUAGAUGGUACAUAGCUCGUUGUGCUUUUUAAUUUUUUUUAAGUAUUCGUCAAAAUUGAUCGAAAUUGGUGAAAAUUUCGUUCCUGCUUUACAGCGUCUUUUCAACCUGCCGAAAGGUACAUUUUAGUUUUUCUUAUUUUUUCCUUAUUUUGUGGGUGAACUUAUUUUACAAUUUUUUUUUUUAAGUCCAGUGUUAACAAUCUAUUUUUUAUUAA